GUCACACCGCGAGGAGUGGAACUAAACAAAGGCGAAGUCGCUCGGCGUUCGUGCGCUUCUCGAUUUUCUCAAUGCGACGAGAAAGUUCUACUAAACCCGCUCCGGAUUACUUGGUUCAAGCCCACCCUCCAAAAAAGAUCAUCUAAAAGUCAGCUGUGUUGCCGUCACCUGUUUUGGAAGUAAAACGUUUUGUUUUUGUCUUGCUUUUCAUCGCGCGUCGGUCGCUCCAUUGCGCAACCGAGAAGCAGGCGUCACACCCCGGUUAAGUCCGUCCAGCCUGACCCGGGACGCAACUACUGCUAUGGCCUCGACGACUCGUCCUUAACGGGACUUGUUGUCCAGCUUCGCCAGGGUCUUCUGGAUCCGCUGGUACCCUCCAGUCCAAGAUGAGCGUGGCCGAGCGCCGUUUGAAGAGAUUACUGGACCAGCCCCAGGAUGCGUCACCCAAAUGUAAACGGGUCUGUCGGGACCUUCCUUCGCCGCCUCCUCCCGACACAAGCCCAGUGUUUCCCCUUAGUCCGGCUAUAAGUCCCGCCCCUAAGUCCAGUCAGAGCCAAUCCAAAGUCAGGGUUGGGCCUUACUUCCUGUUUGAGCGCUGCGAAGGCGAGGACACGUACAGAGCGGUGCAUUCCACCACACAGCAGCAGUAUACCUGUCAGGUCUUGCCCCUGGCCAACCACCAGGAGAAGUUAGCGGCUUACGCCCGGCUGAGUCGCCACAGCAACAUCUGCGGCGUCCUGGACACGGUGAUUGGGCAGGACGGCGCCUAUCUGUUCCUGCCUGCCCAUCACGGCGACAUGCACGCACACGUGCGCAGCAGCAAGCGCCUCAGUGAGGACGAAGCGGGGCUCCUGUUUGCGCAGAUGCUGGAGGCUGUGGCGCACUGCCACCGCAACGGUGUGGUGCUGCGGGACGUCAAGCUGCGCCGCUUCGUCUUCACCGACAGAUUCAGGACCCGCGUGGCCCUCCUUGGCCUCAAUGACUGUGUCGUCCUCCAGAGCGGCGAAUCCGACUCCCUGUUGGACCGCCACGGCUGCCCCGCCUACGUGGGCCCCGAGCUACUGGCCAGCGGCAAGGCGGCGUACUCGGGCCGCGCUGCCGACGUGUGGAGCCUGGGCGUGUCCCUCUACACCAUGUUGAUGGGACGCUACCCCUUCCAGGACACCCGGCCCGCCGCCCUCUUUGCCAAGAUCCGGCGCGGCGCCUUCAGCAUCCCCGCCUGGCUUUCGCCGCCGGCCAAGUGCUUGAUUGCAUGCAUGCUUCGCAAGUCUCCCGCCGAACGUUUGCGGGCGUCCGAGCUGCUGAUGCACCCGUGGUUGAGCAGUCGCCAUGUGGCGCCGGUGGCGCCCCACGCCGCCACCACCACGCAGCGGGGCUCGGGCCGAGGGGCGGAGUGGAGGCACAAGGACGACGAAGGUGGCGACCAGGUGGUGCCGACGUGCACCCAAAAGCACUAACAAAACAAUCUCCGACUUGACACUACUCCAGCGUCCUGGAUUACUUGAGCCUCGAGUGCCUUCCGCAACAUCGGCUCAUUUUGAAUCACCUAAAUGCUGUACACAAAAUACUCAUUUGUUGUCUCAAAGUAGGAACAGCUAAGCACUUAAUUUCACAGCCUGAACAAAAUUGAUUUGCCACAAAAUAGCAGCAAAUUUUCACGUCAAUGAAUCGCCGCCACUUAUUUCACUAUACUAGUUACAAAGGUGCCACAAGAUUUCCGCCUUUAUGAAACUCCUGUACUCACUUCAACGUUGUGCCUUGACAACAAGACGGUGGCAGAGUGUCAUUUUUGUCGAAACGGAAUUCCAUAACGCACAUCAACAUUGUUCACCGAAUGGUGGGAAAGCAGAAUUUUUGUCUAAACUUGAAACGUUUCAAUUUACUUCAACAUAACGCUGAUUAUGUAUAAUGUGCACAAUCGAUUUUGUAGUGCUUUUACAAUGCACAGAAAGUAGCUUUCUGAUUUCACAAGGUGGCGCCAAAUCUCAGUUGGCUAUUUGGAAAUGUGCUUUAGCACCAGCUUGUGGCAUCAUUGUACCUUGGAACAAAUUGAUGGGGGAAAGUUUCUUUGUGGCAAAUGCAAAUAAUUAUUAACUUUUGGGGGGAGGGUGUAAAUUACCGAAUUUCUUUCCUGCAAUUUGUGCGACAUUCAAUGUUUGAAAAUGACAACUUGUCAGUGUUUUGCCAGCCCGCCCCACGAGACUGACGUGUUGUUUACGUUCUCUGGAACUACGCCACAUGCUCCCUUGUCUACCUCAGUUCUUGUCAUUUUGCUUCAUUUCUCCAAGAUAGUCCUUUCUCAUCAACUGUUCGCUCCACAUCAUAUCCAGUUGUAACCCCCCCCCCCCAUUUCAUAUGUCCCAUAUUUUGCAGUUUCACAGAUAAUCCACCAAAAAACAGUGAGACCCGUAAUAAAAAGACGUGACAUAAAUAUACAA